AUGGGGAAUUGUUUCUUACAAGAGGAAGAAAAGAAUUAGAAGUCUUCAAUAAAAAAGGUCGAUAGCUUUCUUGCUAAGCAGAUUGAGAAAAGAAACGAAAAACAAAAGGUGACUUUGAAGGAUUUUUUAAGUCAAGGUGAAAUAGGACGUGUAAUUAUUGUGAUUGAUCGAAUAUGUUAGGGUAAAUUUGGGAAGGUUUUAAGGGUGAAAAUGAAGGGGAAGGAUAAUCGGGAAUAUGCAAUGAAAGUUAUUAAAAAAGCUGAUAUCUUACAAUAUGGACUUGUAGAACAUACUAUGUUAGAGAAGAAUGUCUUGGGAGCAAGUAGAAAUCCGUUUGUUGUCAAAUUGAAAUACUCGUUUUAAACAGAGCAAAAACUUUAUUUGGUGAUGGAGUAAAAUAUAUUUAAAUGAAGUUAAGAUUCAUAAAGGGUGGUUAAUUAGCCAAAGUGUUAAGAAAAAGAUAAUCAGGUAGAUUCACAGAAGAAUAAACUAGAUUUUGUGCUGCAGAAAUAAUAUUAGGUUUGCAAUACAUGCAUAAUACACUUAGAGUAAUCUAUAGAGAUUUGAAACCAGAAAAUGUUAUGGUCACUGAAGAAGGACAUUUGAAAUUGACUGAUUUCGGUCUAUCCAAAUAAUACGAAAAUGAAGAAGCAAAAUUUUUUACUGUAUUAAAUAAUAAUACUCACAUCAUAGCUUGCAGGAACGCCGGAAUACUUGGCUCCGGAAAUAUUGUUUAAUUAGGGUCACAAUCAUAUGGUUGAUUUUUGGUGUCUAGGAAUUCUAAUUUAUGAGAUGUUGGUGGGUGAGACUCCAUUUUAUGAUUGCUAAGGAAAUCAUAAUACUAUAGAGAACAAUAUUAAGAAUGCAUAGAUUAAAUAUCCUAAUUUCUUGAGUGAGCAAUCGAAGAGCAUUGUGGAUAAAUUACUGAAUAAAGAUCCAAAAUUGAGAUUGGGAGCCAAAUCUAUUCAAGAGAUAAAGGAUCACCAUUUCUUUAAUGAUAUCAAUUGGGAAUAACUCUAUAAUUUGGAAAUCCCAUCUCCAAUUUUAGAAAACACUCAUGUUUAUGUAACUGUUGAAAAAUGAUCAAUCUAGCCCCAGGUUAAGAAAGACUAGUUCGGUAAAAGAAUCUAUGAGACACCGUCAUCGCAUUUUAUUGAAACCAAUGGGGAUUUCAAGGGUUUCUCUGCAGCUUAAGAAUGA